UGUGAAAUCGACCACAAAUUUGGAUUGAAAGGGUUUUACUGCGAUUCAAAAGGAUCGAAGAAGAUUGUGGUGCAGUGCUAGUGACGGAAACGGUUCCGAUUGCGCCACUUUCGGCUGCUUUUCAGGUCAGGUUCCGGUGGGCAGUUUAUCGAUUUUUCUUUUAGCAUUCAAGUUGCCCGAAAAUGUCCGAUUACGGCGGUGGUGGCCGGACGAAAGAAAUCUGCGAGGAGCCGCCAAUGUCCCGGCUGUUUAUCAUUUGCGGAAAGCACAUCACAAAGGAUCAGCUGAUCAAGCACUUCGAGGCGGACGGAACGAUUGAAGAGUGUGUCGUGAUUACGGAUCGGCGUACCGGCCAGGGUAAAGGGGUCGCGUACGUGAAGUUCACGCAAACCUCAUCGGCCGCUCGCGGGCUCCUUAAGAAUGCCACCAUAAUCGAAGGGGACACCCGACCCAUCAAGGUGAUGAUUUCGGCCAGCUACAAUCGGGAUAAAAACAGCAGCACCGUGCUGGACGUGAACGAGAACCACUUCCUGCGGCUGUUUGCCAUCGUCCCGAGCAGCCGAACGGAGGAUCAGUUGCGGGAAGAGUUCGCACCGUUCGGAACGGUGAUCCAGGUUCGGCUCGUGCCCGACAAAAAGAACGACAAACAGUGCGCAGCGUACAUCAAGUUCUCGUCCUUCCUCGAGGCGGCCACGGCCAUCGAGAACUGCGAUCCGCAGUACAAGGCCAAGUUCUGUAUCCCCCGCUCCAACUUUCAGCAGGAAAAGGACCACCGGUCCAGCCACGAAGCGGCCGGGUCCCAUGAGCCCAUGAAUCGAAAGAGAACCCAUUCAGCGGAACGCGCGUCCACGUCGAAGGGCGAUUCGAAGCUGGCCGUGAUAUGCAGCAAUCAGCUGAAUCAGGACCGCAUUUGGCGGGUGUUUGAUAUCGCUCCGGGGAUGAAGUACUGCACCAUCGACACGGCCAACGACAUCAACAUAACGGCCACGGUUGUGUACUCGAGUCGAGAGGAAGCCCAACGGGCGGUAGAAAAGAUCCACGGGCUGGAGUACCCGCUUGGCGAGCGGAUGAUCGUACGGUUCGAGGAGGAGUUUAAGGAGGAAAUCGUUGCUAAAGAUGCCCUCGCGCAGCUUGGGCCACCGAAGCCACUCGUCUCGGAGAUGGUGGCGUGCGUGAAGAAAGCCUUCUUCAUCUGCAUGCCCGAAGCCAUCUCGGUGAAGCUGCUGACGGAUGUUUUCUGUCGGUUCGGGGACCUGAUCAAGGUGUACAUCGUGCCGGGUAAGCGGCACGGAUACGCCGAGUUUGCCAGUGAAGUGGCAGCCGACCGUGCAAUUCAGCAGCUACACGGACUACACCUCGGCGACUUUUGGCUGAAGGUGCUCGAGUGUGCCCAGCAUUCCGGCGACAACAAGCGCAACAGAAUGGAACACUAAACGGUGGGCCCAUUUACACUGCGAACAAAGGAAUGGAACACAAUUUGAAAUAAUGGAACUUCGAAAGAAUUGUUGGGAAUUGGAAAUCACUUGGAUCUUGUUGGAACCAUGGAACUGGCCUGGAUGGCCCGGAGAAUCGUAUCGUUGUUUAAAAGAUUGCCACGCGGCACUUCUUUAGCAAAAGCAAAUACUGAAAUUAGAAACAAGAAUGGUUCAACUAGAAUACUAUAUGAGAGAUUACGCAGACGAAUGUUGGGAGGACAAUGGAGGGAAAAUCUGCUGAAAAUAUCCCACUGUCCAGGAUCUCAAAAGAAUGAAACUAGAAAUUAAGGUACAUUUAAAAUCGAUUUUAAAGAAAGAGAAAUAAGCAUUGGAAUGAAUCGAAAGACUCGUGCCGAUGUGAAAGUUAAUGCAGUAAAUCGUGCUGUUGGAAUAUUUUAAAAACGAGUCUCAAGCCGAAAGUCCCAGUCCCACAAAUGCAUCAAAUGCCACGACACGAAACAAUUGUCUUAACGAAGGCUUAGUAAUUUCUGCUGAAUAAAUAUUGGGUUUUAAAACGGA